AUGAAGACGUAUGAAUCCAUCGCCUGCUUCGGUGAGAAUUUUGGGAGGGUGGUGAAUAAUGAAGACGUUCCGCUUUUGCGAUGGGGUAGAAAGCGUACACGUGCAAGUUUUGAUAACUUGUUGGCUGCCGAAAUCAAAGAGCAUGGCAAGGUGCGUGUGAGGAGAAUGGUUUUGAAGAACUCAAUUGAGGAGAUGUUUCCUAAAUGGCCGGGUAAUGCGCAGAGGAAGGGGAAUGAGAAGAAGAAGAAAAUGAAGGGUGGAGUUUCGUCAGAAGCUGAGCCACCCACUAAGAAGCAGAAGAAAGUUAAGACACAUAAUGAGUCUGGAGAUGCUGCAGCGAAAAAGGAUUCUAGCGAGAAGGAAGGUAGCAAAGAUUUGGAGUUGGAGAACAAAGCGACUCUGGCGACCAUUUCACGGUUGGAAGCUUACGAGUUAGACCGGAACAGACCAUUGAUGGACCAAAAGACCAUUGAUGACAGGGUGAACGCUUUACUGGAGGAGCGUCUGAAAGUUCUGGGAGUUGGGAAAAUUCCCGAAAACAAUGAUAAUCCCUCUCCACCAUCAGUAGAUAAAUCUUUAUUGUUGGCAUCAUUGGUGGUUCAAACGCAGCAGAAGUCUGUCAAUAGUCCAGCGUUAGCUGCGACUCCUGGUAAGGUUUUUGGACCGAAGAAGAAUUUGGCCAAGGAGCUUGAUAAGGAAUCAUGGGUGAAAAGGAUUUUGGAUGAGGAGUUUGGUAGUGUCGCUAAAGCUACUGAUCUUGAUAGUCAACCUCUUGAUUUCGUAUUAAUUUCUCCUGCAAAGGCUACUAACAAUGAUAAGGAUGCUAAGGUUCCAGCCUAUGGACGCGGCUGCAGGGGCAGGCGUAUUGUUAAGGGUAAAGAAGCCAAUGAGAAGAAAAAAGCAGCGCAGGCAGAUGCUGCGUUUAAGAGGAAGGAGAAGGCUGAGGCUAAGAAAAAAGCGGCUGAGCCUAAGAAAAAAGAUGCUGAGGCUAAGAAAAAAGAGGCUGAAGCAAAGAAAAAAGAGGCUGAGAGUAAGGAAAAAGAGGCUGAGUUAAAGAAGAAACAAGAGGCUGAGGUUGUUGGGGGAGAGAACGAAUUUGCGCCGGAGUCUGAUGUCGAGAAUCAGGAAGUGAUUAGAUCUGCCAUAGUAAGGGAAUAUCGGGAGAAACGUGUUCAAUUAUCUCCAAAAGGGUUUGCAUUGACGACACUUUCUUCACCACUAGUUUUUCCGUACGUUGGAGAUGAUGGAACGACGUGCAUGAGGAAGAAUGUUACUCCUUCAUCAGAAAUAUAUGACCCUCUAGCACCUGUUGAUCCGAUGCUAUUGGAAAAACUAAUGCAACAGAUUAAGCGAAUUCCACCCAAACCACCAGCACCAGCACCAGCAGAUAAACCAGCAGUCCUCUCCGCUGAUCAUGAGGGUGACUUCUACAGCAUACUCAUCCAUGAAAGACCGUGGAUGGAAAAGGAAUAUGGAUGGGUGUUUGAUAAUCAUGUCGUUGCGUAUUUGAACGUCCACAUUAAAAGGUCCAUGCGAAAUCCCACUCCAUUCUGGUCUAAGCAGAUUGCCUUCAUUGACGUUUGGUGGCAAAGUUUUUUGAUUCACGAUUUCACUCAGUUCAAGAUAAAACCUAGUAUGUUCAAUUUCAAAGGCAAUGGUUAUGAAGAUAUGUUAAAGGGUAAGCUUCCCGAACGCUAUCCAACAAACUUGAAGUGGUAUGAAGAUGUGGAUCACUUGUACGGAUGUCUUCAAACCGGCAGAAAUCACUGGGUUGCGUAUCAUGUGGAUCUGAAGAAGGAGAAGAUUGAUUGCUACGAUCUAAUCUUUGGAGAGGAAACACCUGAAAGAAAUUCUUACAGACGGCGUUUGAACGCGGAAAGAGGAACGCCGAAACAAUGUUGGUGUGGUGAACCCUGUUACAUUUCUACAUCUGGAACCGCUACAAAUCGAGGAAGAUUGUACUAUUGCUGCGGAAAAGGAUAUAAUAAGAGACAUUUAUUCAAAUGGGCGGAUGAGUGUUUGGUGGAAGAGGUUGAGGAUAUAAUGUCAUUGAAAAGUAGCAUGAACAAAGACAUCUCGGAAUUCAGACUUAACGUUGAUCGGUUGGAGAAAGAGAUUGAAGUAAUGAAGACGGCGUCUGAGGGAAAAUGA